UGCACCAAUGUUAUUAUUAUUGAAAAAUUAUGGAUAGUCAUAAGAAUGGAGUAAUGCAUGGCAGGGUGUUAACGGUCUUGAAUACUUUGCGCGAUAUUUCAGAAGCUGUCACAGCAAGCGACGUGAUUUCUGCGCAAGAAACUAGGGUAGAAUUCCUGCUCUCUGCUAUCGAGUCAAGUGCUGCCGAGCUACACGAGCUUUUUGUUGGAAAAAUGGACGAGGACACCUCAAAAGACUCAGGCAACACCAGCUUUGGGGAGGACUCAAGAGAUGCCAGUAAAAAACUACUUUUAAGCAGUUCUCAUUGUAAUGACUCACAUGACCUGAUUGAGUUGAGUGAUGAUGAGUUUGAUCAAGCAAUGGCUGAGGUUGACAUUGAGGAAAUCUGCAAUCAAAGUCAAGCUGAAUCAGAGAUUUCAGAUACUGGCAACAAGGAUGUAGAUCAAUCAACAGAAUCAGAAGAUAUGGACGAAAUCAAACCAGAUGAUGACCACAUAGAUGUGCUGAAGAAAUAUUUUGGUCAUUCUAAGUUCAGACCUAUGCAGUGGAAGAUAAUAAAUGAAGUGCUUAAUUCUAAACGGGAUGUUUGUGUUGUAAUGGCAACAGGAUAUGGAAAGAGUUUAUGUUAUCAGUACCCCUCUUUGUACUCUGGAGGAACAACAGUUGUUAUAUCACCUCUAAUCUCACUUAUGGAGGAUCAAGUUACAAAACUGGGGCUUUACAACAUUGCAGCUUGUUAUCUUGGGUCUGCUCAAAGCAAUAAUGCUGAAGUAAAAGCUGGAGUUUUGAGGGGACAGUAUAGAGUGGUAUACUUGACUCCUGAAUAUGUUUCCUUAGAUAGUACAUUCCUAGCUGAAAUACAGAAGUCUGUAGGUUUAACACUAGUUGCAAUAGAUGAAGCACAUUGUGUUUCUCAGUGGGGCCAUGACUUUAGAUCCUCAUAUCGUUCACUUGGAUGUAUCAGGGAUAAACUUCCUACUGUACCCAUAGUUGCCUUGACAGCCACUGCUACUCCUGUUGUAAGAAGAGACAUAUGUCAAUCUUUGAAACUGAAAAAUGCUGCUUUUGUUUGCACUGGAUUUGAUAGGCCUAAUUUGUAUUUUGAAGUAUCCAGAAAAUCAGGUAGUAUCACAGAUGACUUUAGACCCCUCUUGAUCACAACAGCAGACAGAAGUAAGAUUGAGUACUCUUUUGAUGGUCCAACAAUCGUUUACUGUCCAACAAAGAAGGCAACAGAAACAGUUGUCAGUGAACUCCGUGGUCUUGGGGUGAGAUGUGAAUUUUAUCAUGCUGGCCUAAGCCCUGGGGAAAGAAAAAGAGUUCAUCACCUCUUUAUAAGAGACAACAUUCAGUGCAUUGUUGCAACAGUGGCCUUUGGAAUGGGAAUUGAUAAGCCAGACGUGAGAAAAAUAAUCCAUUAUGGAGCACCAAAGGAUAUCGAAUCUUAUUACCAAGAAAUGGGUCGAGCUGGUCGGGAUGGCCUUCCCAGUACAUGCCAUGUGUUUUAUAGCACAGCUGACUUUUCCCUUAACCGUCACUUGCUGAAUGAUGUCAAAGCACAGUCAUUCAAAGAACAUAAACUGAAAAUGCUAAACAAGCUUGAACAGUACUUAUCUACAACAGAAUGUAGGAGAAGAACAAUUUUAGCUUACUUUGAGAAUUCAGUUGACAAGAGCAUUGGUGGAAGAGAUGACUGCUGUGAUAACUGCCGAAUCAGGGCUCUUAACCCGCAUGUGAAAGAUGACAAGAGAGACUUUACAAAAGAAGCUAAACUGUUGCUCAAUGCUGUGAUGGUUGCAGGGAAUGGUUCCUAUGGUAUAUCAAUCCCUAUUUUAAUGCUACGGGGAUCAAAUAACCAAAGAGUUCCACAAUGGCUCACCCAGAAAAAAGAGUUUGGGACUGGCAAAAUUCAUCCAGAGAAGUGGUGGAAGAGCUUUGGCCGUCAGCUCAUGAGCUUGGACUUUCUUGAAGAAAAGACAAAUCCUGGUGGAUAUGGUUCUCUCACAGCCCUCUCUGCAAAGGGAGAGAACUGGCUGAGAGAAGCCAUGUGGAAUGAUUCUGUCAAAAUGGAGCUAAUUCCCAACCAGGAUCUGUUGGCAACAGAAAAACAACCUCAACCAACAACCAGAUACCCCUCAUCCUCUCCUACUGUUCCGUCUUCACCUACUUGGAAUGAGAAGCGUGUACCUCUGGCUAUGUUGCCUCAAGUAACACAACAAGAGCUCUUAGUGGACGAAAAAGAAUUAGAACUUCAAGGUUCUUUGUACACAACACUUAUAAAGCUCAGGGCAGAGCUCUCUCACUCGCUGGACUGUCCGCCCUACAUGAUCGCCACGAAUAAGAUUCUUCUGGACAUUGCCAAAUACAGGCCAUCCACCACUGAUAGCCUGCUCAGAGUGGAUGGCGUGUCCGAGAGACAAUGUGAACGAUUUGGAGAACAACUGGCCAACUGUGUGGCAAACUUCUGUGAGGAGAAUGAGCUUACUGCAGACAAGUUUAACGACAAAACUAAUUCUGUGCAUUCAACAACUAAAAUUAACUCGCAGACCUAUGUGGUAGAACCUGUGGGAAUACGUCGUCGUGAACUGAGCCAAACAGUGCUUUCCACCUUCAACAUGUUUCACGAAAAACAGAUGACCAUCAAAGAAGUGGCCAAAGCACGGAACUUGGUGGAGGGAACAAUUUUUGGCCACCUUGCGGAAGCUUUGAAGGCAAAUUACCCCGUGGACUAUAAGAGAGCGGGAAUCACUGAAGAAAUCCAAGAACUGGUAACAAAAACGAUCAGAUCGCCCCCAAUUAACUCAGACAUAAGCAAAUUAUCAGCCAUAAAAGAUCACUUACCUCCUCAUGUGUCCUAUGGCCAUAUUAAACUGGUCAUCGCCAUUUUGGAGCUGUCAUGUGGCGCGGUCUCUCAAGGCACCUCAGCGUUAACGAUGUGCCAGAGGUCCUUGGCAUCGGGCACCCAACUGAGAAAUACCCCAAGUGAGCCAACUACGCCUUCUCAGGAAACAACGAGAAAACUUCCAGGGUGGCUGUCUGGCAAGCCGGGAGGAAAGAGGAAAAACCCUUUUUGAAUGCAAACCUAAGGGCAUAAGGCUAUCUACUUGCGCUGUUUUCUAAAUAAGAUUCGUGCUCCAGUGGAAAUUACAGGGGCGUAGUUUCUUGUUAACGGUGGUAACUUUCUGCUUCUCCCCUGGUUAAAAAUUGUUUUUGUUAGGUUUUCCGUUGCACAUUUUUGCUUCGUAAAAUUCUGUGGCUUUACAUGUGCGCUGAAGAUAUCUCCUUUGAGGAUUGGUUUCAUUCCUACAAUAAAAUAACGACUAUGUGUUCGUCAAAGAGGAUUGUUUAGUUCAUGAGAGAAAAUACGGGUGUAUAACAUGUAAAUUAUUUGUCUAUCAAAGUGGGCAUGUAGCCAAUUGUGGAAAUAAACUGAUAUUUUAUGCUAA